AGACCAGUCAUUAGAGCUGAAGACGCUGGCUGGUUUGAGGAAGGAGAAGUUUCUUUGUUGUCGGUGAAAAUUCCUUCACUAUGAACAGCCAUAACACUGUGUGCUGGUGUCUGAGUCUUAAAAUUUGUAUUGGUGUUCUGCACAACUGAAGCUUUUGAUGGUGGUAGAAUUUGUCCUUUUGUCAGAUGCAAUUUGAAUUUCCAGCCUUUUUGGUUUCCUCUUCGAGUCGGGUGGGUUUUCUUGCAUUCGAGUACGAGACAGGUCGUUGCACUGAAGUACGGUUGCGUUUGGGAUGUGAUAGGGCAUUCUGCGGUGCUUAUUGGCAUUCUCAAAUGAUUACUCAUGGUGAUUCACAUGCUGUUUGCAGCCGUGAGACUUUUAAACCAAUCUCAGAACACGUAAUUACAAGGAUUCCAUUUUUGACGCAUGAAAUGAAUCGGCAUGAACAAGCUAUAACAGAUAGGUGUAUUAGGCAGAUGGGAAGGACACUGCAGGAUGUAAUCUCAGAUUGGAUUCAGAAGUUUAGCAACAGAGAAAUUGAUCGGACAAGGUUGCGUCUGAACCAUGCGGAGAUGAUAACUGCUGGGACACAUACAUGCAAAGACUGUUAUGACAAAUUGGUUUCAUUCCUUUUAUACUGGUUUCGACUUACUAUGCCCAGACAUCUCCUACCACCAGAUGCAUCACAAAGGAAAGACUGUUGGUAUGGAUAUGCAUGUCGAACACAGCACCAUAACGAAGAACAUGCGUGUAAAAGAAAUCAUGUCUGUCGUCCAACUCGGGGUAGUAAUUUUUAGCAAACAGGGAAUCAAAAUAUGUAAACAGUUGCUGUAUAUGUCCGUACUGUUCCAAUCUUCUUGUCUUAAGUCAACAGGGGUAACCUUCACAUUUAGAUUAA